UUGUGAUUCUGAGACUCCAGGCUCGGGGGCUCGGGGCUCCGGGAGGCAGCCGAUCAGGUCUGCUCAGGGCCCUGGAGCUGCCGAGGAUCCGACGCCCUUCCAACCUGCUGCGCCUCCCGCGGAGGCUCCCGGUGUUCCCGCGUCCCAGCCCCGGGCCGGGCGCUGAUGGAACCGCAGCGAUGUUCGCUCUGGCCAGGCUGCUGGAUUUCCAGAAAACCAAAUACGCGAGGUUUAUGAACGACCGAGUCCCGGCGCACAAGAGGUACCAGCCCACUGAAUACGAACACGCAGCCAACUGUGCCACCCAUGCUUUCUGGAUCAUUCCCAGCAUCCUUGGCAGCUCCAACCUCUACUUCCUGUCGGACGACGACUGGGAGAGCAUAUCCGCCUGGAUUUACGGCCUUGGCCUCUGUGGCCUCUUUGUGGUAUCCACCGUUUUCCACACAGUCUCUUGGAAGAAGAGCCAUCUCAGGUCGGUAGAACACUGCCUACACAUGAUCGACAGGAUGGCCAUCUACUUCUUCAUCGCGGCCUCCUAUGCGCCCUGGUUGAACCUUCGGGAGCUGGGCCCCUGGGCCUCCCACAUGCGCUGGCUGGUCUGGAUCAUGGCCUCCAUUGGUACUGUCUAUGUCUUUUUCUUCCAUGAACGGUACAAGCUCGUGGAGCUGCUGUGCUAUGUGGUCAUGGGCUUCUUCCCUGCACUGGUCAUCCUCUCCAUGCCCAACACUGAAGGCAUCUGGGAGCUGAUGACAGGAGGGGUUUUCUACUGCCUGGGCAUGGUGUUCUUCAAGAGUGACGGGAGGAUCCCCUUUGCCCAUGCCAUCUGGCAUCUCUUUGUGGCAUUCGGUGCUGGUACCCACUACUAUGCCAUAUGGAGGUACCUCUACCUGCCCAGCACUCUACAGACCAAGGUGUCCAAAUGAGGCAGCCCAGACGCUGUGGCUCAUUUGGACUUUGGGGUCAAAGCAUCAUGAGAAGUGAACUCUGAACCCAGAUCAUAGUGCCAAGGUCUGCCUGCCUUUUCCUGGAUGGAAUUCUUCGUGGGUCUGAGGUCCCUUUCAGUGACAGCCAGACUACCUUUUGAUUCUCCAGCAAGGAAGAAAACGUCUAGUCAUUUCCAUGGAGGAGAAAUUAAUUCAGUACUGUGUUUCUACUUUAGACAUUUUUUUUUUUACUAUAACCAAUAUUAACAAAAAAGGGCAAUAGGGAAUUACCAUCCAAGAGGUAAUUUUUAAGGUCUUGAAGGCCUCCCUUUUUUGCUGCAGGGGGAAGUCACCUAGCAUUAUAGAUGACAGAUGGGGAAUAUCCCUGACCAUGGCAGACAUCACCAAUCAAUUGCAGCAUGUGCAUAGUGGUAGAAUUCAACAUAGUAUCCCAUGCAGACAUUAUUAAUUGAUUCUGUGCUCAUGAUGGAACCUCUUGGCUGGCCUGGUGUGUUAGGAGACAGGAUCACAGUAGAGCCAUUAGACGUUGCUGUAUAGAGGCGCAUGCUUAUCUCUGGACGCCAUUGCCUUCUAGUCCCUCCUGUCCACCUUUGAGGAAGUUCUUGGAGUGCACUGUUCAGAGGCAGUGCAAGGAGACCAAGUCACACAUUCCCAGCAGCCCCUGAUGCUCUGCUCCACCAUGGCUGGUUCUUGGUUCUAGAGGAGCUGAGAUCUGGGAUGAGGAUGCUGCUACUUGGCCAUUUCUUCACCUCUCAUAGAAUCCAGAGAAAUGAUGAAGCUGUGUUCAGCAGAGGUUUUUUUUUUGUUUGUUUGUUUUGUUUUUUUUUUUUUGUUUUGUUUUUUUUUUUGUUUUUCUUGGUGCCAUGAGAUGGCUCUCAGAAGCCCUGUUGAUGGGCCAGGGGCAGAUCCUUCAUCUGUCAGAACCGGUAGAAUGUCUACAUCCCAAAGUGAUUGUGAGCUAAGAAGAUGGCCACCAAGGGCCUGUCCUCAGCCAGUUCUACUCCUGGGCUAGCCUCGUCAGAAGACGUCCCUGGACACGGGCCGAGUGCAGGAGCCACAGGCUUGGCUCCUGACCUGAACCGACACCUCAGGCUCUCUGGAAGAGUCUGCUGGAAAUCCAGGGUCUUACUCAACAACUGCCGGACAGAUGGGUGUGGGCGGGGGUGGCCAGGACAGGUGCCUUAUACUUUGCUCUAGCACAUUCCAAGGCAUUUCAGGGCUCCAGCACCUGGAAUCCCGUAUGUCAAAGCCAGUAUUAAAUCAAGUUUAUGCAUUC